UUUACUGGAAUGAAUGCUUCACCAACACCACGUCUCUACUUAUCCCUAGCACUCUACCAACAUGUCCGUCCCCCGCCUGCUCGUAGUUGGAGGGAAUGGUUUCCUCGGCUCUGCCAUCUGUAAAGCUGCCGUCGGCAAAGGCUGGGAAGUCAGCUCCAUGAGCUCGUCCGGUAAACCAUUCACCACUCCUGCAGGGCACACACCCGCCUGGGUUCCUAAAGUAUCAUGGCACUCUGCCUCUGCUUUCUCCCCUUCCUCUUAUUCCUCUCUCGUAUCCUCAUCCACAGCUGUCGUCCACACCCUUGGUAUAUUACUGGAAGAUCAUGGGUAUAAAAAGGCAGUGAGAGAGGGGGAUUUGAUAAGUCUUGCUGGGGGGUUUCUGAAGGGUUUGGGAGGAGGAGACGGGAAUCCGUUAAAGACGGCUGAGGAAAAGAGACGAGGGUACGACGGGAUGAAUAGGGAUUCAGCGCUCGAGGUGCUGAACACUAUGCUCAGCACUGCUCCUCAUCCCUCAGCCCCCAACGAGGCUGUAAAGGAGAAGACGUUUGUCUACAUCUCCGCUGCCGAUGCUUUUAGACCUUUGGUGCCAAAAAAGUACAUUGAAUCGAAAAGAGAAGCAGAGCUAGAAAUCGCAAAGAGGUGUUCUGACACUAGCGGUGUCAGACCGAUAUUUAUCAGGCCUGGGUUAAUGUACCAUCCGCACACGCGCCCGUUGUCCACUCUUCCAGCAUUCCUCAUUGACCUUUCUUCCAAACUGAAUGCUGCGCUUCCCGCACCUCUUCAAAAUAUACCUAGUCUCUUCUCCCCUCAAUCGGCCAUUCGAGGUGCCCUCGAAGGAGCGAGGACAUUCCCUCUCCAUGUAGACCAUGUCGCGAGUGCUGUACUCAAGUGUGUGGAAGAUGGCGAGAAAAGAGGAGUUGUCGAGGUUGAUGAGAUGAGGAGGUGGGCAGGGUUCAAGUACAGCAAUGAUGCUGCCUUGGAAUAUUAAAAUUAAAAGCUAUGCAUACAACUAAUGUCAAAAGUCUACAUCUCGUUCACAGCUCGCAACACCGGGUUAUUGUCACUCUCUCAUCCUUUACAAACAUGUUCUUCGCUUUGCGCUUCUGACCCUCUGCCUGUCGUAGGCGACUUCCAACCUUUUUUCUCUCUUUUCUAAACUUUCUCCAUAAACUCCCUCCUUGUUUAAACAACACCUUGUACAUUCUCGCUUCCACCACCUUUCUCGCCUUUUUAUACAUCGCCCACAAUUUGGACUGCAGUAAUCGCUCGAGACUUGCCCUUUCACUCUCCAGUUCGAUGAUCUUCUGAGCGUAUGUAGGUGGUUUACAAUGAAUGGUAUUAGGCGGGCGGAAAUGUUUGAAGUAAGGAGGUGUUUCUAGAAGGUGAGGUAUGUUGUGAAAGAAGGGAUUGGAUAGGAUCGUGCGGAAUGAUGAGAGAGCUAUGUGGCCGCUAAAGCGUGUGAUCAGCGGACAUUCCAUAAGUAGGCGCAGGUCAGUAAACUUACAAUCCAAUACUGUCCCUGGUCAGCGCCGUAUUUUUCGAUUAAAAAUACCUGUGUAUAUGCUAAUAAACUCACUUGGCAUGCCGAUCGCCUUUACCUCCAUGAGCCACAUAAUUGUCACUGACGUGCACGCCCACCACCCUUGCUUUCCCUGCUGUCUCCAACAAUUCCCACAUCUCCUUCCUUCCGCUCUCAGAGUUCAAGUCAAAUUCGCUCACGUGAAGAUGUGAUAGAUCCAGGCAAAGCUUGAGUUGUGAAGGCGGGAAAUGAGUAAGUAUUGUACAGAGCGAAGAGAGGGUGGUGAGAGAGUGCGGUGAUGGGUGUACAGUGUUUUCGAGAGCGAGGGUGAUGCCUUGGACAGCGCGAGUGAUCUCGCGGAGAUCAGAGACUAGUCGGGUUAAUUGCACGUGCUUGUAAGACGGAUCAUCUUUCCCCGCUGAGCCCAAGCUAAAAGGGGGGAAUAAUAAGCUAGAGAUUCGGUAGAACAAACGGACAUACUGAAUGACGAGAGUAGACAUUCCAAGAGCCUUUACUUGCCGCAUCUCUUCCAUGACGCUCCUUUUUGAUCUCUCACGAAUUUCCCUGAGCAGAUAGAUUGAGCUAUGUUCACCCUUUUUUCGAGUGGUUUACUUACUGAUCUUCACUUAGCAAGUUAACCGUAUAGACUCCGUGAACCAUACUAGUUUUUCUCCAGUCAUUGUCCAUGACCGAAUCCAUGGUUGCCGUAAAAAUGUCCUGGCCAUUUUUGACAUCCUCUUUCACCCUGAUUUGCUCAUGCACCCGCCUUUUUGGAUGAUUUAUGAACAUGCUCACACCUUUCACCUUUGGAUAAGGGUAGUAAGGUAACGAUAUCCUUUUCAAGGAAGGUGUGAGCCCUCCAGAGGUGGACAAAUGGGUCAGCCAUAAGAUAUUCUGUCCAGUGGAGGUAAAAACGGGCUGGGGUGGAAGCUCUUCGACUGUUGCAGGAUGGAAUCUAACCGGAGUGGGUGUAUCAAACGACCAGUCGUAUGGUACUGCUAGCACUGGACGUUGGCGAGGUGCGGGAACGACAGGCUUUCUGAGGCAAGGAGAGGAGACAAGAAAAGGAUUAUCAUCUUGAACAGGCGCUUGUUUGACUAUGCUUUUCCGGUCGAGAGAAGGAAUGUAAGGUUUUCGGUCUGUGUUCGAAAGGGGGCUUUGGAUAACAUAGGAUUGGGGAGAAGGAAGGGUCGCGUCAAGCGGAAGUGGGGAGCUCGGCGAUACGAGACAAAAAAAUGUCUUUGGAGUCGAUGGAAGCUGGAUGGGCUUGGGAAGGCUCUCUGGUGUAGGAGGCACCACUGUUGAAGGUGUAGAUUGCGCCUUUGGAUCUCGAAUAUCAUCCCACAAGUCUAACCAGUCGAAACAAGUAUGGUCUCUCGAAAGACCAGUACUCGGGGUUUGGGCAGGAGUAGGAAGGUGAGAUGUCUGGACUCGGUCGUCGAGAUCAUCCAGAAGAGCAGUCCAGUCAAAGCCAACGUCAGACAGCUGGUCGUCGUCUGCCGCAUCUGAGCACAUGAUGGAUGCCGACCGCUCUACCAGAGAGCGAAUAACGACGGUCGACGAGUCGAGCUGUUGUUAAGGACGUUGUUGUCAAGAUGAGGUGAGUAUAUGACAAGUCAACUUGAGGAAAAUAGAGGAUCUCGGCGGGACUUCUUGCCCCACUGGCCAGUUACCGCGGUCAGCAUGAGUUUGAGGAAUGAGAUAUAUUAGUACGCAAGAUCAUUUCAGCUCGCCUACCGCAAAUUUCCCAUGGUUUCCAUAACUUCAGUCGGUGGUUAGGCAUGCUACAUUAUAUUAUCU